AUGCGUUUCGCCUCCCUGCUUCUCGCUGUUACCAUCCUGGCUGCUUCUGGUUCCACCGACGGUGCUCCUCAAGAUGGUUCCCCUAUAGGCCGCAAGCUUAACAACUUCGGCGAUGAGUGUGCUACAUGCGCCAAAGGGCGUUGCCGCUGUGGUCAUAGCGGCUGCUGGUGUGAAUGA